UCUGUGGUAAAAUGAAAAAAAAAUACAAAAUAAAAAUGUCGUCGCAAAUCGCAAUUUAAUAUUUAUUUGGUUCAAUUUUCUUUUACACGCUUUUAGCUUUUAAUGUAAGGUAAAAUAUUUGCCGUAAAAACAUCUUAAUAUUAGGUAACACAUGCUUUAUUUGUCCUUUUUAUCAUAUUAUUUCAUAACAUAAACUACUUACCCAAUGUAUUGUGUUGACAAGUACAGCAAGUUAUUUUCUGACGUAAAUAAUUACUAUCUUAGAAAUUAUGAUUAAAAAAUAAUAACAUGGAAAUGACUGAAGAGGGGUAUGACGGUGAGCAAUCCUUGUCUGCAUGGGAUAUACCCGGGCCAUCUUCAAUAGCUGCUAUACUUGGCUCGAUAUAUAACAAUUCGACUUCCUCUGAUAAUCAACCAAGGAAUGAGGAUAUGGAAUGCGAACCAUUGUUUGCUGAAAGUGAUGAUGAUGUCGAAGUACUUCCCGCCUCCGCUGAUGAAUCUACAGAAAGGAAUGCACCAACACCAAAGAAUCCGAUUUCAUCCAACUACAUAAACUCUACAAUGCCCACUCAACCAUAUGAAGUGAAUGUAGCGCCUUUGUCAGCACACACACCUGUGCCAGAGGAAUACCAACCACUGCCAGACAGUUCGAGUUCCAUUGAAUACUCCAUUAGAAAUAAUUCUGACGGCACCAAUCUGAAUGGCACAUUUCGUGACAUUAAUAUACGUUAUCAACCCAAACCAGCAUACCAGCUUAGUACUUACAGCUAUGGUAGAGAUUAUGUAGUGGGUCCGUACGGCCCUAUGAAUAUGAACAUGAUUGUACCUAGUGAAGAAAGAAAUUACUUGCUUCAACAGCCUAUUAAUUAUACACUCUCUGCUCGGCCCUCAAUGCAAGAAGCUAGUUAUUCCAAUGCUGGCUAUACAGCGUUACAACCAAGUGCAGGACACUCUUAUAGCAACUUUCCGCCUGAUGUGAACCGAACUGAAGGCCAACCGAACAGCUUAGAGAGGCCGAGUCGAAAAUUAAAUAUAUCUCCAAGGAGAAAACAGUCAAAAGAGACCCACUCUAGUACAAAUCCAAUAGAACUAAGUUCUGAUGAAGAAGAAAGCCCAUCAACACCUAGUAAGAAGCAGUGCGAUAAUGGUAACAGAGAUGAUCCAAGAGCAGGGAAUAGUCAAUAUUUGAAUAAUUAUGGAUUAAUUGAGGGUAGUGAUGUAUGUCGGCAAGUGGGUGUUAAGGCAGAACCUCGAGACCAGUCUGAAGCUUCCACACAAGCAGUACCUAAUGUACCAGAGUCUGAAGCCUCCGCUUCAGUACCUAUGCAAGAGCACCAUAAUGCACCUCUAAUUAAAGAUCACAGCCAACCUGUGAACUACCAACCUCGGCCGGGCUGUGUGUGUAAAAAGAACAAACACACAUGUUUCUUGCAUAAUCCAUCACACGGAGGUCAGAGACAGAAUCCAAAUUACUUUAACUACCAUAAUGGUGCUCAUCAUCAUCACCAUCACCACAGGGUGCCAUGUGGCCAUAGCAGCAACACUUCAUCCAGUUCAUCAAAUCCUGUCCUAAAUAUCAAAACAGAACCUGGUACAGUGGUUGUUAAAUCUGAAGUGAAUUCUCCUAGACUGUCCUCUGAUAGCUCACAGUCAUCUGGUAUAGGAGGAACUGUUAAAGUUGAACCCAAUGAGCAGGUCACAGUUAAAUCUGAACCUAGCAUUCACCGUCCAUGGAAUAGAACAGUCACUGCUAAUAAUAGUACAGUAACUGUUAAACUAGAGGACUCAGAUAGAAGAUGUUGUGAUGGCAGCGGAGAUAGAAGAGUCAAAGACCAAUCACCACAACCCGGAACCAGCUCCGCCAGACACACCUCACAACCUGAACCCAGCCCUUCAACACAAAACAAUAAUCAGGAAAAUAAAUCAGCAGAAUCGUCAAGUGGCAGCAGCGGCCAUGCGUUGUCUGCACCAGAUUUACAACUGGACUGGGUUUCUGAUUCCAGUUCUGAUGAUGAUGUGCAAGUGCUGGGAGAUGAACCAAAUUCUAGAGAAGUAAUAGAUCUAACGAGUUCCCCGGGUCGUACGGGCCAGUCACCAGAAAGUGGAGCCCCGCAUGCCUCUGAGGGUGCUGUGCGGUCUCCGAGACCCUUGUUCGAGUCAGUUCCACAUCGGGAACCACCGCUCUAUCACACACCACCUGUACCAUCCCAUCAACACUUAAUGCAUCGGGCAAGGGUGCGGUGCAUGCUGCGCUGCCGCGGGUGCUGCUGCCCGUCGCACGGCGCCUACGCGCCCGGCGUCGGGGCGCUGCCGCCGCGCGCGCCCCACGCGCACGCGCCGCUCACCACGCACAACCCGCCGCCCGCCGCGCACCGCGAGCACGCGCCCGCGCUGCACUACCGCCCGCCGCACGCGCAGCCGCCCGCGCACAACCCGCCCGCCGCGCACCUGGGUGAGCCGCUGAGCCGCGCGCCGCCGUACCUGGUGCACGAGCGACUGUGGCAGCGGCAGCAGCACAUGCUCGAGGUGCAGCGACGCAACAUGAUGGGCGAUGUGAGCCCGCACUUCCCGCCUGCGCCCGCCAGACCUGCGCCCGUUAUGCUCGCGUUCCCUGACGAGCAUGUCGACCGGGAUUUGCUGCCACCGGCUAUCAUGCUUGACGGGCAACACAUCCACCACCACAUGCACCACUACCUGCAGAUGCAGCCUUCGCAUCUGCACAUCUCCAUACAGCCGUCCGUCAUGGGGUCGGGCGCGCUGGCGACGCAGAUGGCAGCGCUGGUACGCGUGGCAGAGGCCGAACGACGCAGCGCGCGCGGAGCCUCGCGGGCCGUCAUCGAGCGCAACACGUACCGGCACGCGUACGCGCGCCCCGCGCCGCACCACCAGGACGAGAAGUGCACCAUCUGCCUGUCCGUGUUCGAGGUGGACUCCGACUGCCGCCGCCUGCCCUGCAUGCACCUGUUCCACAUGGAGUGCGUGGACCAGUGGCUCGGCACCAACAAGCACUGCCCCAUCUGCCGCGUCGACAUCGAGACGCACCUCAACAAGGACGCCACCUUCUGAACAGUUUGUCCUCGAGAUGUGGUGCAUUGAUGAUAGCUUGCUGUUGCAACUCCAAGCUCUCCUGUUGCAACUCGUGAGUCAAUUGCUUCUGAGUGUUACACGCCCUGGAAUAACAGUACUUGUAUAAAGCCGGCCGCAUACACUCGAUUUUCCGUAUUCGUUUUCCGAAUGCGUAAUUUUCGAUUCGGAAUUCCGUAAGGCUACCGCAGGCGUUUUUCUUCAAUCAGAAUUUAUAUUGUUGCAAAUACUUGCGCAUUCGUUAUGUACGGAGUUUAUUCCGUUCAGAAAAAAAAAAGACUUCCGCAGACUUAACGUUUUUCUUCAUUCGGAAUGUAUAUUGUCGCAAAGGCUCGCAUUCGUUAUGUAUGCAAUUUGUUCGGUCAAAGAAAAAAAACGCAAAUAUGCGUCAUUCAGGCCGCCUUUGCACUCGUUUUACUAAUGCGUAAUUUGGAAUUCCGUGAGACUACCGCAGACUUUACCUUUUUCUUAAUUCGGAAUGUAUAUUGUCGCAAGGACUUCGUUCGAAAAAAACAUACAUACGCGUCAUAUAAUGUGUUUUAUAUUGAUUUCAUGCAUUCGGUAUUCGGGACACGGGAAACUGAUUCGGAAAACGACUGUGUGCGGCCGGCCUAAAUGGACAGAAGUUUGGGUCCUUGAGAAUUUAUUAUAAACUUAAUAUAUGCCACGCUAUGAGAGCUGACAUUUAAAGUUGGACUAAGGAAAUCAAUUUAAAUCAUAUAUGUAUAUAAAAAUUAAUUGCUGUUUAUUCUUGAUAAAACUUGAAGAUGUCUUGAUCAAUUUUUUUGUGUUUUAUUUUGAAUGGGAAUUUUAGCUGUUAUGAAUUCUACCUCGUCAGCUAGUUUUUUUAAUAAAUGAUUUUUUAUUUAUAUUCUUUUAAUUUAUUUAUUAAUAAGAUCUACAGCGAAUAUUGUAUCAAUAUAUAGACUGCACCUUGGAUUUAUUUAUUUUAUUUCAUGUGAGUUAUUUAUUUUUAUUUUUCGAAUAUACUCAUUAAAAAUAGAAAUCAAUGAAAUAUAGUAAUUUGUUUUGGUAAGCCCAUCAUUUAAAGUAAAAUAAUACAAGUAUUUUAAUAGUUGAAUUGUUGUAGGUUAUUUCAUCAAUCUCAUAUUAAAAAGUGGAUUUACAAUCAGCAAUCAAAAACGUUCCCACUCAAUGAGUGCCAAACACAACUUCUUGGCACUUAAUUCAAGUAGUCACAUGCAAAUUCAACCUUAAACUCAAUCCUUAAGGUUGAAUUUGCUCUGAAUUUGGGAUUUUAUUAAAUAUUGGACUAUAUUCAAAGGCCUUUAGGUAUAAUUUCUUAACCGAUAAUUCUAAAACUGUCAAAGCAAAAUGAGCCAGUUCUUAAGUGAAAUUUUCUACAUGAUUGUGCGUCUGUUUAUU